AGUAAUAACGAAAACAGACCCGAGAGUUGCAUUUAUUUCUCUUUUGUAAGAAAAGAGACUAAACUAGGUCCUCAAAAGUUCUGACAGCUCUAAGUAUGUUGUGAUCUCCCUGGAUACAAGGAAGGAAAGGUGAAGAAGAAUGGAAGGAGACUGGAGGGAUUGGAGGGACCUUUGCCUCUUUUUCUGGUCCAAAUUUCUUAGGGUUCAAGAAUGCCAGAAUUCACUGCACAGACCUGCUUCCUGCAAAGUGCAGUUGAGUCAGAGAAGAUUUCUUGGCAUUCAAAGAGCUCUGGAUUCAGGACUUCACAGUCUUCAAUACAACUUCAUUGCCAUAUCCAAUUCUGAUCAAGAAUCAUUCUCAUAUUCAGCCCUGGUCUAUCUAGAUGAUCAAUUAUUCCUUCAUUAUGGCAGUAAGAGCCAACUAGAGCUUCGGAGCACUUCACUAGAAGUGGUUAUUCCCCCAGACAUUUGGAAGAAAGAGUCUGAGAAUCUGAAGGGGAUGAGAUGGAAACUGAGAGCAACUCUGGCAAAAAUCACACAACAAAGCCAAGAAAAAGAUGGUUCUCACACCCUGCAGGUAAUACUUGGCUGUGACCUCCUUAAAAAUGGCAAGACUAGAGGAUGUUUGGAAUAUGGCUAUGAUGGAGAGAACUUCCUCACCUUCCAACCGGAGACACUCACCUGGGAGGAUUACUAUCAUCCUGCUGCUAACAGCAUAAAGAAUGACUUUGCCACAGAUUUAAUAGAUACAAAGCUCAAUAAAGCAAAAGUGGAACAAGAAUGUCCUCAACAACUUCAGGGUUAUCUGGCCGUUUUGAAGGAGAAAAAAGCAUCCCCUUCACUGCAUGUGACUUCAAAGCUGAAUAACCUAUGGGUGUGUUGGGCUUACAACAUUUUUCCUGGGGACGUCAAGAUAACCUGGUUGAAGGAUGGGCAAGCACUGAAUCAAAAGGAACAGGAAAGUGGAAUCUUAAGACCUAGUGGGGAUGGCACCUACCAGACUUCGGUAUCUAUAUAUGCUAACCCUAAAGAGUUGAAUUACAAGUGCCAUGUGGAACAUCAAGGAAAGAACCAAACCAAAGCUAUACCCUCAGGUUCUGUUCGAAAGGAAUUCCAGAUAAUUUUUGUUAAUCCAGUUGUUAUUGUUAUUAUCUUCAACUUAAGGGAAUAAGAUACAGAAGGUGAAGGAGUUCAGGAAGGAGAGAUGAAGUAAGCUGGAUCUUGGGAGUUGGAAAGGACUUCUCUGUGGGAAACCCAUCAAGAAGAUUGAUUUGUGGGGGCAACUGGAUGGCUCAAUGGAUUGAGAGCCAGGCCUAGAAACGGGAAGUUCUAGGUUCCAACCUGACCUCAGACACUUCCCAGCUGUGUGACCCUGGACAAGUCACUUAACCCCCAUUGCCUAGCCCUUACCACUCUUCUGCCUUGGAACCAAUGCACAGCAUUGAUUUAUAACUGACCCCAGGGGCCCCAGAAAACAAAGCCUGAUCCUGCUAGACUUUGGGAGAAGGGGUUCAGUUUCUUCUAGGGACCUCCCACUCCCUCUUUCCCAUUUUCUCAUUCCUGAAUUCAUCCUCCCUAUCCUUCAUUUUGAUCCCAUAGAAUAAACAUCUUUUCAUAAG